AUGACUUCAGAGAUCACUUAUGCUGAAGUGAAGUUCAAAAAUGAAUCUACAUCCUUAGGCACCAAGUCAGAGCCUCCUGCAGCUCCCAAAGAGAAGACCAGCCUUCACAAAAGUAACCCUGAUUUUCCCAAGGCACUCUUACUCUCAUUGCUGAUGCUUCUGCUAUUAUUGGCAAUAUCAUUUUUUAUCGCUUUUAUCAUUUUUUUUCAAAAGUAUUCUCAGCUUCUCAAAGAAAAAAAUGCUAUAAAAGAAGUUACUCACCCAGCAUUGGACUGUAUAAAAGAAAAUGGGACCAUGAAAGAGAAAGAUUGGAGCUGCUGCCCAAAGAAUUGGAAGCCAUUUAGUUUGAACUGCUACUUUAUUUCUAUUUACAUCAGAAAUUGGACGGAGAGUAAAAACAACUGUGCAGCAAUGAAGUCUCACCUGCUGGUGAUCAACACCAAGGAAGAGCAGGAUUUUAUCAUUGGGAAACUCGAUAAAAACGGUGCUUAUUAUUUGGGGCUGUCAGACCCAGAGGGGAACAGAGCAUGGCAAUGGGUUGAUCAGACACCAUACAAUGCAAGUGCCGCAUUCUGGCACCAAGGUGAACCCAAUAAUCCUUGGGAGCGUUGUGUUUUCCUGAAUAAACGUGCGCAAAGCUCAUGGGGCUGGAAUGAUGUUGAAUGUAAGACACCUCAAAGGUCAAUUUGCAAGACAAGGAAGAUCUACUUAUGA